GGACAUCUUUCAAUUAUGAACAAUUUAAUUGUAUCGUUCAAAUGGGAUGGCAACUAUUUCCGUUCUGCUGAUUAACCGUUUCUCCCAAUCAACUAACAGUAAACAACGAGAGUUAUUUACAGUUACGAUUUUAUUGAUUUUCGAUAACUUUGAUCUUUGAGUUUUCCUCAUUUUAGACCAAUGGUCAAGCGGAGAGUUUAAUUAUUGGUUUAAAUUGUUGAUUGGAAAUCACGAGUUUGGAGGAAAAGGUUAAUAGAUGGAAGAAUAUUGAAGAGGACAGAAAAGAAAGAGAGAAAAGAAAGAGAAGAUAAAGAAGAGAAAGGGAAAAACAGUGGGAGAGGAAAAGAGAAAGUGAAAAUAUUCCUUGUGGAACAUUGAAUGUUUACUAUUCUAUUCUAGACUUUAAUUGUUUAUUGUUUUCUUUUUCUUCCAUUUUACAAUUAAUUGGGUGAAAUCGGUGAAUGUACAAACAUUGCGAACAAUUAUCUUUGAUUAGCUGAGGUUUGUUUCGAUUGGUGUUUCGGUUAAUUUCCAAUUAUCCCGAGGGAGAAAUAGAUUAUUGUUGAUGCAGAAAUACGAGAAAUUGGAGAAAAUCGGUGAAGGGACCUAUGGAACCGUCUUCAAGGGUAAAAAUCGUGAAACUUCCGAGAUUGUGGCCUUAAAACGCGUUCGACUGGACGAUGAUGACGAAGGUGUACCAAGUUCCGCUCUAAGAGAAAUCUGUUUGCUCAAAGAGCUUCGACAUCGUAACAUCGUGAGAUUGUGUGAUGUUCUUCAUAGUGAAAAAAAGUUGACCCUCGUCUUUGAACAUUGUGACCAAGAUUUGAAGAAAUAUUUUGAUAGUCUUAAUGGUGAGAUCGAUCCUGAUGUUGUUAGAUCGUUUUUCUAUCAACUCCUUCGGGGCCUAGAAUUUUGUCACAAGAAUAAUGUUCUUCAUCGUGAUUUGAAACCACAAAAUUUAUUAAUCAACAAAAAUGGUGAACUUAAAUUAGCCGAUUUCGGUUUAGCCCGAGCUUUUGGUAUUCCAGUUAGGUGUUACUCGGCUGAAGUGGUUACCCUUUGGUAUCGUCCUCCUGAUGUCCUUUUCGGAGCUAAACUUUAUACCACUUCCAUUGAUAUGUGGUCAGCGGGUUGUAUUUUCGCCGAACUGGCCAAUGCUGGUCGACCUUUAUUCCCUGGUUCCGAUGUGGAAGAUCAAUUGAAAAGAAUAUUCAAACUUCUUGGUACUCCGACCGAAGAAACUUGGCCUGGUGUAGCUACUCUUCCCGAUUUCAAGCCAUUCCCCAUGUACCAUCCAACCACGAGUUUCACCUCGGUGGUUCCAAAGCUCAACUCAAAAGGUCGUGAUUUAUUACAAAAACUAUUAAUCUGCAAUCCAUCACAACGAUUAGCCGCUGAUGAGGCGAUGGUACAUCCAUUUUUUAGUGAUCUUAAUCCUGCGGUUAAAAACUUACCUUAAUCAUGGUGAAUCAUUUUGAUUCUCAAUUCUGGUCUAUUAACCAUAUUCACAUUUACAUACAUUACCUACACACUGGAUACUCAAUCUAAUUUUAAUCAUCGAUCUGCAACAACAAAUGGCAACUACAACAAUCAUAUCAUCAACUAAAUUCAAUCUCUUUCCUUUCUCUGUUUACAAAUAAUUACUAAUUGUAUCUUAAUUAUGCUUCUAACUUCAAAGUCUACCAUUUUUUCACAUUAUUUUCUGUUCAAAUUUACAUUUACUAUCAAAUUAUAAACAAUCACGAACCUACAAUUAGGCACCGAGAAAUUACUAUGCUAAUAUUUUACAAUAAUGUGCCAAAAGUUGUUACGAUUUAAUUUUACUCUUAAUCUGAUCAGCAAUUGUUUCUUGUUUAAUCCAAUCAUAAUUCAUUCUUUGCAAUCAUUAACAGUUUUUCUCUCUCUUUUAUGUUAAUCUAAUGAUUUGGAAAAAAAAAUUAACUCACUCAAAAUACUAAUAAAUGAUUCCUUUAAAAUGUCAA